AUGUCUUCAUCCGCGGAGAGUGACGGUUACAACGACCUCGAAACGGCCAUUCGGGUUCUCACCGAACGACCCUCGGCUCAACGUAUUGCCCGGAUCGCACAGGACAACGCGCAACUAAGGGAUGCCAACAAGAAGCUUACGGAAGAGAAUAAGACGUUCCCCGAUCUGUGCAAACGAUUCAUGCACGAGGCAGAGCAAGCAAAGAGGGAGCUUGAUUCCACGACAGACGAGCUUGAGAACCUUCGGAAAGAAAAGCAAGCGGCGGACGCUAAGCUCGCGGACAAGUCCAAGAGCCUUGACAAGAGCAUACAGCAGAUAGUCGCCCUCGAGGCUCAACAUGAAGAAGGCCGCAGAAAAAUGGAGAAGGACCUCAAAAGGAAGACGUCCGAGUUAGACAGACUAAGGACCUGCUUCUUGGACCUCAACGUGACGCCCGGUCCUGAAUCACUGGGCGACAUAUUCAAGAGCCUCCGUGUUGCAGCCCGUGAUCUUGCAAGCACCUUCUUCGGCUACCACCUCCCCACCGAGGUCCUCGCCCAGUCCGGCGACUGGACCAAGAUCAGCGAGCACCAUUCGAAAGACUCGCCCAUCCCUUUGCUCCUGGCCAACUCACUCCUCGCCAAGCAAACCCGUACAGCCCUUGUCAUCUCCGUCCUCGGAUUCGAGCUGUGCCAACACAUCUUCCAGCCAACAUACCUCAACGAGUACCCCGGCGUGAACAAACUGUCGACCGACCUUGCUGGGAUAGACCCAUACCAAGAGUGCCAUCUCCGCUCGGUGCUCCUGAAAACUACCCAAGCCAUGUGCCGCCCGCAAGGCAACCCCAAGGCCGCGGCUAAAGCCAUCAUCACGCUGCUCAGCCCAGUGGUCGAGACAUCCAAGCGGAGCAGCUUCGAAAUCGACGUCCACAAGCUUUGCCAGCAAGCCCUAGAAACAUGGCGAGAUAUCCAAACAUGGGACAUCCUCGUCGUACCAAACCUCGGGUCCAGCCGUGCUGCCAAGCGCAGAUAUCGCUGGCAAUCCUUCGCUACACCUACCCCAACCAAAAGCACCGGAAAACAACGCCCCAACAACCCCCCCUCCUCCCCCCCUCCAACCCCCGCAGACGAAACCCCCAUCGACCUCCUCACCGGCACAGCCGUCUGGCCAGCCUUCAUCAACCUCUCCGUCGACCCCGAAGACGAUGACGACGAUCCGACCCUCGCAGCGGGGUACAUCCUCCCCGCAUCUGUCAUAUCCGACGCUGAGAAGGAACUCGCUGCCGCUGCUGCGUCUGCGGCUGCAGCUGGGCCGGUGUCGCCUACUGGGUAUUUGCAUCGGGAGUUGAGGGAGGUGGAAAGAGGGGCUGGGGCGGGGACGGGGUCAGGAUCAGGGAAGAGGAGACGGUCGAGUGUGGUGAGUGGUGGGAGUGCGAGUAGUGUGGUGAGUGCUAGUGGUGGUGGUGGUGGUGGGACUGGGAAUGGGAAGAAGGAGGUGGGUUUUUUAGUCAAUGGGCAAGGGGCAGGGUCGAAAGGCGGGUGA